AUGGCUGAUCCGAGUUGCACCAUCCCUUUCUUCGUAUACCCUUCUAUCUUCCUUAUUCUCUUCUUCACUUCCAUCAAUCACCACUACCGUCUCUACUCCUUUUCUUCUGUUAUAUCCAAUCACACUAAGGUUUCCCGAGAAAAUUAUUCUGACAUUUCAAACUCUCAUACUCCAAUUAGUUCUGCUCCUGAUUUUCAUAAUGAUGCGCAAAAGAAGAUCCAGAUUGAGGUUUUGGAAGAAGAGUUGGCGAUGGCAAGAGAGGCCAUACGAGCGGCAUUUCGGUCUCGGAGUUAUACUUCCAACAGGCCGGAGAGUUACGUUCCCAAGGGAUCAGUUUAUAGAAACCCUUACGCGUUUCAUCAGAGCCACAUUGAAAUGCAGAAGCGAUUCAGAGUGUGGACAUACAAGGAAGGAGAUUCACCGCUAUUUCAUAAUGGUCCAGUAAAUGAUAUAUACUCAAUUGAGGGGCAAUUCAUUGAUGAGCUUGAGAGCGAUAUUUCACCAUUUUUAGCUCGAAGCCCCGAUGAAGCCCUUGCAUUUUUCCUCCCUGUUAGCGUCGUGAAUAUUAUAAAGUAUGUUUACAGGCCUUAUACGAAUUAUUCUCGUGAGCGCCUUCAGCACAUAGUGAAGGACUACAUUGGCAUAGUAUCAACCAGAUAUCCCUACUGGAACAGAAGCAAUGGAGCCGAUCAUUUUAUGAUCUCUUGUCAUGAUUGGGCACCGGAUGUUUCAGCUAAGGACCCGAAGCUUUUCAAGAAUUUCAUUAGAGUUCUUUGCAAUGCCAACUCCUCUGAAGGAUUUAAACCUGAAAGAGAUGUUUCAAUGCCAGAAGUGUACAUUCGUUUUGGGGCUCUUGCACAAUCCCAAAAGAACCGACCCCCAAACAACCGUUCAAUCCUAGCCUUCUUCGCAGGCGGCGAACACGGGGACGUGAGAAAAAUACUAUUCAAAUACUGGGAGAAAAAAGACAAUGAUAUUCGAGUUUUCCGAUAUCUCCCCAAAACCCUAAACUACACUGAGCUAAUAAGCCAAAGUAAGUUUUGCCUUUGCCCUAGUGGGUACGAAGUGGCAAGCCCAAGAGUCGUAGAAUCGAUACUUUCCGGUUGUGUUCCGGUGAUUGUUUCCGACCACUACGUGCUUCCGUUCAGCGAUGUCCUUGACUGGAGUAAAUUUUCCGUUUAUGUUCCCAUCGCAAAGAUACCGGAAAUCAAAACAAUACUGCAAGGGAUUUCUCAGGAAGAAUAUUUGGAAAAACAAAGGAAGGUCCUCAAGGUGCAAAGACAUUUUGUGCUUAAUCGACCAGCCAAACCAUAUGAUAUAAUGCAUAUGGUGAUGCAUUCAGUAUGGCUUAGGAGGCUUAACCGAAGACUAUCAGAUUAA